AAGCAAGGAGGGAUGGCAACAGGGCAGGAGGGAGCCUUGAUCCCGCUCGUAGCGCUUGUCCUCGUGGACAUGGUGGGAGGCUGGCGAACCUCCUUGAUCUCCUCCUUGCCCUUACACUCCUCCUCCUUUCCCUCCUGCUCCUCCUCGUUCUCCCCUUCCUUCAUGCCCGCCCUGUCAAGUGGUAGACCAUAUGUUUCUUCAGUCGUUGUAUCGAAUAAGCGAGCUUCGCCGAGCAAAGGAGAGCGCAUGUUCUUCAGCACCCCAGAUAUUAACAACCUCUUCCUGGCUGAUAGCAAAGAAAGGUUUUUCAACCCUGUGUGGUACCCUUACUUCGCCAGGAAGACACACAUGGAGAAGCUCACUUUCCCUUCCUCAUCGCUUUUUGGUGGCAAACCUCCCACGGACAUGUGGAUGUUAGAGCAGGCGAUAGGAUUCCUCAACAUCUCAGUGAACAUCAGGAUGACGGCUGUGAGGCUCGAGGACGGCUCUAUCCUCGUCCACAACCCCAUCGCUCCCACUGGUGAAUGCCUCGACAUGGUUCGCUCCCUGGGAGACGUGAAGCACAUCGUCCUUGGUUCGACCGCCCUCGAGCACAAGUUCUUCUGCCGCUCCUUUGUCGACAAGUUCCCGCAGGCCUCCUUCUAUGCCUGCCCCGGCGUCUUCAACUACGUGCCGGGGCUCACCAACCUCAUGCCUGCCGGCCUCGGUCUCUUCGUCGACCUCGUCCGGCCCAUCAGGAUCGACGGCUGGCUGACCAACAACUUCCAGCAGGCAAUUCUCAACGGGGUAACCUACCCCGCCAGCCCCGUUCCUCCCUGGGCGAGGGAGAUCGAGCACGAGCUUCUCUUCUUCGAUGCCCCGCAGUUCGCAAACGCCGCCGAGGCUGCUCUCUUCCACAAGAGAUCCAAGACGCUGCUGGUCACGGACAGCCUGACGUACAUUAGCAGCACCAAGACUGACUGGAUCACCGAAACAGGGGCAAGGGACCGGAGGGCUCCGUUUAACCUCUAUCCCAAGGAGUGGAGCCCGGCAAGGAAGAAGGCCAUGGAUCAGAUGCAGAUCUACACCAUCCAGACUCCCUACAAGGACGAAGACUUUGACAAGCUCACCGACAAGCUCUACGUCUGCCCUCAGCUGAGGCUGUUCGUGUACGAGACCGACCCCGAGCUGGCCAGGAGCUGGGUGAAGAGGGUGCUGAGGUGGGACGUGAAGAGGAUCAUCCCCUCUCAUUUCGACGCUCCCGUAGAGUGCUCCAACAAAGACAUCCUGAAGGCGUUCUCCUUCAUCUUCGACCGCCAAAACUCUCAACAGGAUGCACCCCUGCCCGACGAUCACUGCCUGGGCGUGCAGAAGGCUGUCCAGAUCCUCCUGCGCCGGUCGCUCUUCAGGUGUGCGGGCCCUGCUCCCUGCUCCCCUUGCUCUUGA